AUGGGCUUCCUCUGGGUACUGCAGUGUCCCCCACCAGUCCAAGGACAUGCUAUAGGUGAAUUGGGGUUAGCUCAAGCUCAUGCCCAAGUGAUUUACCAUGAAGAGCAACCCAUUGGAGAUUCAUGGAGAUAUAUGCUGCAAAUCUGCCAGGAGCCACCCCCUCCAUACUGGCAAUGGAGUGGACAACCUGUCAAGGCAGGAGCUAAGUCCCAGGGAAUGGAGAUUGAAGGUUUCCUUGUGUGGUAUACUUGUAAACAUUAUGAUUCUCUGAAAGAUUCAAUAGUUUUGCCAUGUCAUGCUGACAAAGACUUAUCAAAGGGAAGUCUGAAGGUGGAAUGGAGAAGAGCAGACUCAGGGACUCUGGUUCAUCUCUAUCAAGGUGGUAAGAGUCAACCAGAGGCCCAGCAGCAGGAUUAUCAUGGUAGAGCUCAUUUCUUUACUGAGGAGAUUCAAGAUGGAAAUUUCUCCCUCUGUCUGGACAAACUCAGAGAUAAAGAUAAAGGAGAAUACAGAUGUAGAGUUUACAGUGCUCAGAACUGUGUAUUUUCAGCCAGUAUACAGGUAGUAGAGGGGUUCGACAUUCAGUGUACUCGUCAAACGCUUGCUCCUCUGGGAUCUUCAGUGGUUUUACCCUGUUAUAUUAGGAAUCCUUCGGCAGUGAAGGGUCUUAAGGUGGAAUGGAGAAGAGCAGACGAUACGGUGGUUCAUCUGUAUCAAGAUAACAAGAGUCAACCAGAGGCCCAGCAGCAGGAAAAUCAUGACGAGGAGAUUCAACAUGGAAACUUCUUCCUUCAACUGGACAAACUGAGAGAGGAAGAUGAGGCACGAUACACAUACUCAAUCUUUCGUGUUCAAAUGUUUCUUGUCUUCUGUCCAAAUAUUCUGAUGUUUCUUGCUUUUGUCUGCUGGGGUUUUUCAGAGGGCUCUCUGUUUGAGUCGGUCUCUUGUUGCGCUCUUUAUUUCCUGAGGCCUCUCAUGUUACUCUGGGCAGCUCCAUAUGCUAAUAGCUUUACUGGAAACACUAAAUCAUUUAUUCAAAGUUACAGUUUCAGAGCAGAAUAUGUCGCUUUCUCAGCUGUUUUUUAUUCAGUUCUGUUUAAAACCGCCUGGGACAAAAGUCUGAAUUACGCCGGAUAUGAACGUGUGGUGAUAAUAAUCCUGUUUGUGAUGGUGCUUUUGCUAGACCUCAUCUAUAUUAGUUUCUUGAUGGUGAGAGUCAUUGAGAAAUUAAGCCAGAGGAUCAAGACAAUAUUCAGUGUUCUGGCUCGUAUCAGCUUUGAUGUUCUGCCUUCACUACAGUUCAUCCUCCUGUUCUUCGCCUUUGGAUCUGCAAGAGCAGCCUUCGUUGUUGUAGUUUUACCAGUUUUCCUCACAGUGCAAAAAUACAACUGGGAUUUUACAUGUGGAGAACAGAUGGGCUGUUUACCCUUGGUCAGGAGAUCAGUGUGGUUUAUUCUCACAUUAUUUAUUAAUGCCAUUAUGGUCCACUUCUACAUAAUAGCACUGGAAAAUGAAAAAGAUUGUGUUGGAUGGGCCUGCAUGAUUAUGUAUUUUCAGUUAAUCUGGGCCACAAGGGACUUCACAAUCUCAUUUGAAUGUGAUCUUCAUCCUGCUGCUCCUGUGUAUGUGUUUGGAUCAGUUGUUGUUGUUUUGCUGAACUCUGUUACUCUGAUGACUGAACUCGUACUGAAAACAGUUAAUGGUGAAGGUGCAGUUGGAGAUCUGAGAGUCGUCGUCUUUUCCUCUGAAUUCAUCUUCACUUUUUUUUUGAUGAUUUUUCUGGUGUUCAAGGCAUGUCCCACCGGGAGGAGGCCUCAAGGGAGACACAGGACACGCUGGAGGGACUAUGUCUCUCGACUGGCCUGGGAACAAAUCAGGAUUGCCCUAGAGGAGCUGGAUGAAGUGUUUGGGGAGAGGGACCCUUCAGCUUGGCCCCAGAAAACGUUGUGUUUGUUUUCAGGCUUCACUGUUGGUGGUCCCUCUGCUCCUCUGUCUGCUCCUCUGGGAUCUUCAGUGGUUUUGACCUGUUAUGUUGAUGAAGCUUUACCAGUGGAGGAUCUGGAGGUGGAAUGGAGAAGAGUAGACUCAAGUACUCUUGUUCAUCUGUAUCAAGAUGGUGAAAGUCGAGCAGAGGUCCAGCAGCAGGAUUAUCAUGAUAGAGCUCAUUUCUUUACUGAGGAGAUUCAACAUGGAAACUUCUCCCUCCGUCUGGACAAUCUGACAGCUCAAGAUGAAGGAGAAUACAGGUGUAGAGUUCACAGCCAGCAGGAUUCUGGAGAAACGGUGGCUCAGAUAAAAGAUGUUGAGCGUUUGCUGGUGUCAGGCUCAGAUGAGUCCAUCUUUGCAUAUGUUGGUGAGGACGUGACUCUGAACUGCUCUGUAGACUCUCACAUCACACCUGAACACAUAGAAGAGGUUUCAUGGAAGAAAGCAGAUAAAGGUGGAGAUUUUCCAGUUUUGCUUUAUCAAAACAGUGAGACCGUAUCAGAGGCCACACAUGACAAAUUCAGAGGCAGAGUUGAGUUCUUUACUGCUAAAAUCCCCAAAGGAAAUUUCUCUCUCAGACUGAAGAGUGUCAGAACUGAGGAUAAAGGAGUUUACAUGUGUCAAGUGUUUGCUGGAGAUUUAUCAGCCAGUGUUACUGUGGUACUGAAGAGACUGGGUUUCUCAGUUUUACACAUAAUAAUGAUGAUUCUGUGUGUUUCUGCAUCUGGAUCUGCUCUUCUGCUCUGCUUCAUGAUCUACUGCAGAUCUACUAAAGGGAUCAUUCAACCAUUUGUUUCUUUGGGAUCUUCAGUGGUUUUGCCCUGUUAUGUUGAUAAACCUGUGAAGCAUCUGAAAGUGGAGUGGAAAAGAGCAGACUUGGAUUCAGACUCAGAGACUCUGGUUCAUCUGUAUCAAGAUGGUGAGAGUCGAGCAGAGGUCCAGCAGCAGGAUUAUCAUGAUAGAGCUCAUUUCUUUACUGAGGAGUUUCAACAUGGAAACUUCUCCCUCCGUCUGGACAAUCUUGGAACUGAAGAUGCUGGAGAAUACAGAUGUAGAGUUCACAGUCAGCAUAAUCAUGUAUUUUCAACUAAAGUUAUUUUGGAGCUGGAAUAUGAUCACUCUUCAUCUCUUGCAGGGUUCAUAGUAAAAACUCCCUCUGGUCCUCUGGUUAUACCUCUGGGAUCUUCAGUCAUUUUGCCUUGUUACUGUAAUAAAGACUUAUCAGAUCUGAGGGUGGAAUGGAGAAGAUCAGACUUAGAGACUCUGGUUCAUCUGUAUCAGGAUGGUGAGAGUCUACCAGAAGAACAGGAUGAAGAUGAGCAAAACCGAGCUCAUUUCUUUACUUAG